AUGGCUCACCAAAAAGUUUUUAUAUUCCUCUUAAUUUUUGGUACAGUACAGAGUGCUAGCAUAUUAGAGAGUUCUUAUGAUUAUGUAAUGAAUUUAGGGAAGAAUUUUGCUCCUAGUUUUAUGUCUAUUUUGGACUGUUUCGGUGGAGAUGAUGCUUGGGGUUGUGCUAAAGAAAAGGCGGGGAAAAUGCUCGACGGAUGGGAUAAGGAAGUUGACAAACAGAGGAGAAUGUGGCGAGAUGCCGCUGAUGCCGAAGUAAGAUCAUCCGGACGUUCUCUACAAGAAAUGCCAUCAACCCUCGGGAAAGAGAUCGAGGAAUCUCUUCUUUCCCUUUCUGAUAUGGUACAGAACGGCAUGGCCAGGGCGUUAGCCAGGAAAAAACACGAUGGAGGCUUAGAUAGUAUCACAAUUACAACGUCAAGCGAGAAGAAGAAGAAAAUGAAGAAAAAGCAGAAACCACCCAAAAUACAUCUACAUCCAAUCGUCAUGCCGAUGAAACAGGCUGAAGAGAAAGGUCACUUAGUAGAAAAGAAGGGAUUGGAAUUAGAAGGAAGGCGUGUGGAGAAUGUUGGAGUAGAGGGAAUGGAAAGAAAGGGAAGGGUCUUGGAAGGGAGAGGAAUUAUAGAAGAUAUGUGGAAGAUUGGGGAGGGAGCAUUAGAUGCUGUAGCUGAUCACGUAUUGGAAAAAGAGAAUGCGGAGAAUGGAUUAGCUGAUCGAAGCACGGUAGCAGAGCAAAGAGGUAAAAAGAAGAAGAAGAAGAAGGCUAUCCUGAAACUUCUACUCCUCGGAGCCGUUCUGAAGGCCAAGAUCGGGACACUGCUUCAGAUUCUAUCCUUCAAGUUGCAGGUGAAAUUCUUCAUAAUUGCGUUGAUUGGUCUGGGCAUCAAUUUGGCGCGAUUCUGGGUGGAGUUAAAAAGAAACACCAGGAACCACAGAAGGUAA